AUGCUCACGGCACUAUCCCGUUUCGUCACAAAAUCCGCCCAACACGCUCUUCCAUUCUUUAAGUUAUUACGAAAAGAAGCGACCUUUGAAUGGUCCGAGGAAUGCGAGCCAGCACUAUCACACCUCAAGCAAGUACUCUCCAAACCACCCGUCCUCUCUCGACCCGAUGACAACGAGCCGUUAUAUCUCUACCUGGCCGUCUCAAAUGAGGCAGUCAGCGCGGCCUUGAUCCGAGAGAUUGAUGACGGGCAGAAACCCGUAUACUUCACCAGCAAAGCCCUACAAGGACCCGAGGUGCAAUACCAGCAGAUUGAGAAAGUCGCCCUGGCCCUAGUGACAGCAGCCAGAAGGCUGAGAUACUACUUCCUCGCCCAUACCAUCAUCGUUCAAACAGAUCAGCCUAUCAAGCAACUCCUCAACCGACCAGACAUGGCCGGGAGAAUGCUAAGGUGGUCCCUCGAGCUUUCCGAGUUCGACGUACAGUACGAAAGCAGGCGGGCACUGAAGGCUCAGGCGCUGGCAGAUUUCGUAGCUGAGAUGACCUUAAUCGCCAACUCCCCGUCCCCUGCUGAGAAUAAGUGGACCAUCUACGUAGAUGGCGCCUCAAGCAGCUCGGGGAGCGGGGCCGGCAUUAUCUUAGAAAACGACGAGGGACUCAUCAUCGAAGUAUCCUUAGUUCUGUCUUUCAACACGUCGAACAACCAGGCCGAAUACGAAGCUCUCCUAGCGGGCCUACGACUCGCUGAGGAUGUGGGCGCGCGGGAGGUUAAAAUCUACACCGACUCCCAACUCAUCGCAUCCCAUGUCAGCGGCGAUUACCAAGCCAAAAACGACGUGCUCGCCGAGUACCUCAUGCUCGUCAAAGAUAAGAUGAAAAAAUUCGCAAAGGCAGAAGUCGAGCACAUCCCGCGAGAACACAACUCACGGGCCGACGUCUUAUCCAAACUCGCGAGCACAAAAAAGAAAGGCGGAAACAAGUCAGUGAUCCAGGAAAUCCUAUCAAGGCCAAGCAUAGACAAGGGCGCACAACCCCUAACAGUGCUCGCCAUCGGCGACGACAACUGCUGGAUGACCCCGAUGUAUAACUGUCUCACGAAGGACGAACUCCCAACCGACGCAAAAGAGGCUUCAGCAAUAAAAAGACGAGCCUGCUCGUACACCAUCGUCGAGAACAAACUAUACCGAUGA